CUCUCUCUCUCUCUCUCUCUCUCUCUCUCUCUCUCUCCCUGAGCUUUUCUCUUGUUCUUCAGGUGAUCUGCUAUGGCGACAGUUGGUCAAAUCUUCGUUGGAAUGUCGCCGAAUCGCGCUCUGUCUUCCUCGAGGAGUAUUGGAGGCAUGCCUCCGCCGCUGCGGCGAGUCCUGAUCGGCGCCGGCGGCCGUUGCGGCGUCGCUCCGAGGCGGACAUUUUUCUCCGUCAGAUCGAUUAGGAUCGCCGGCGAGAGCCAGCACGUGAAGGCUUCUGCGGAAAAUGGCGCUCUUGACGUCGGAGAGAUGGAUUCUUCAGUGAGCCCAUAUGAACUGGUAGAUCCCAGAAUAAGCUCCGAAUCCCGCAGAAAAACCAAGAUCGUGUGUACGAUCGGACCCUCAUCGAGCUCCCGUGAAAUGAUAUGGAAGCUUGCUGAAUCGGGAAUGAACGUUGCUCGUUUGAAUAUGUCUCAUGGAGACCACGCUUCUCACCAGAAAACCAUCGAUCUUGUCAAGGAAUACAACUCUCAGUUUGCAGAUAAAGCCAUUGCCAUAAUGCUCGACACAAAGGGACCCGAGGUCCGAAGCGGGGAUCUUCCUCGGCCGAUUCUGCUAAAAGAGGGUCAGGAGUUCAAUUUUACGAUCAAGAGAGGUGUCUCGACUGAAGACACUGUCAGCGUAAAUUACGAUGAUUUCAUUAACGAUGUUGAAGUCGGAGACAUACUGUUGGUAGAUGGUGGAAUGAUGUCGUUGGCUGUGAAAUCAAAGACGGGAGAUUUGGUAAAAAAAGGACGUGAAAAGCAGAGGAUAAAGAGUGCGACUCUACCUUCUAUAACAGACAAAGAUUGGGAAGACAUUAAGUUCGGAGUGGACAACCGAGUUGAUUGCUACGCCGUCUCUUUUGUUAAGGAUGCUGAAGUUGUCCACGAGUUGAAGAAUUAUCUCAAAAGAUGCAAGGCGGAUAUUAGCGUGAUAGUGAAAAUCGAAAGCGCAGACUCUAUACAGAAUCUCCAUUCUAUCUUAUACGCUUCCGAUGGGGCAAUGGUUGCUCGUGGAGAUCUUGGAGCUGAACUUCCCAUCGAGGAGGUCCCGUUAUUGCAGGAAGAGAUCAUUAGGAAGUGUAGGAGCAUGAAAAAGCCGGUGAUUGUGGCCACAAACAUGUUAGAGAGUAUGAUUGAUCAUCCUACGCCUACAAGAGCCGAAGUCUCUGACAUUUCCAUUGCAGUACGUGAAGGCGCCGAUGCAGUCAUGCUUUCCGGUGAAACAGCCCAUGGAAAGUAUCCUCUGAAAGCUGUUAAGGUAAUGCAUACAGUGGCAAUGAGAACUGAAGCAAGUCUCCCUGUCAGAACGUCAGCCAUAGCCGGUGCUUACAAGGUGCACAUGGGUGAAAUGUUUGCUUUUCAUGCUGCUAUAAUGGCGAAUACCUUGAAGACACCGAUAAUCGUAUUCACCAGAACCGGAUCCAUGGCCGUGCUUCUAAGCCAUUACCGUCCUUCCUCGACAGUUUUCGCCUUCACAAAUGAGAGAAGGAUAAUGCAAAGGCUGGUUCUUUAUCAAGGUGUCAUGCCCAUAUUCAUGGAGUUCUCUGAUGAUGCGGAAGAUACAUUUUCCCGGGCUCUGAAACUGUUACAGGACAAGGAAAUGUUGAAGGAGGGACAACAUGUUACUCUUGUCCAGAGCGGAGCACAACCCAUCUGGCGUGAAGAAUCAACACACGUCAUUCAAGUUCGCAAGAUUUAAAAGGGGUGAUUCUUCUAAUUCCCGAUCUUCCCGUUUUCAUCUUCUUUCUCUCGCUCUCCUCUGUGAUUAUCGUUCAUGGUGAAACAGAGAAUGGUAUACGUUUUAGGUUCUUGAAGGUUGUAGUGUUUUAGGCAUCAGACAAAGAUUUCAAGAACUCUUCAUCUUUGUAAAAAGACUAAUCUGAUUGCUUCUUUAUUCAUCA